AUGGAUAUGUCCAAUCUCUCCCCAUUUCUUCGUUUCAGAGCGGGCCAUUCACGUACUGCAUACCGGGAAGGGGAGGACUACUGGGAAGGGGAAUCAGGGGACGACUUGCUUGUGAUCAAAUUCGACCUCUAUAACAAAAAAACAAUCGGCGUUCCUACUCCAGUUCUCCGAACAGUAGCUGUUAGACAUAUUUCUGCCAAGCUCUCUGCUAUCAGAUCCAAUAGGGUUGAAUAUGCACCGCUGCUAGCCCUUAAUCUCUCACUGUUGGACAUCUCGGAAGAUAAACACCAACCUUUUCUUCAAGAAAUUAUCCGGCUGGCUGACCUGCCUCUCUCCGAGAGCUUUCCGAUUGUUGUGGCCUUAUGGUACACUGAUGAAAGGUAUACAAGACUAGUGCCGCCACUUACAUAUAGCCCCAAGUUGGUUCCUGCAACUAAAUCAUCAAUUAAGGCCUUGGAGAAAGUGAGAGUUGUUGAUAGUGAGAUGUCGUCUUGUGCUAUUUGUGGAGAGGAUUUUGUAGCCGCAGAUGCAUGGGGUGCUGAUCAACUAAUCACUCGUAUGCCCUGCACUCACCAUUACCAUACAGAUUGUAUUCUCCGGUGGCUGAAGAUGAAUCACACGUGUCCCGUGUGCCGGUACUCAAUGCCAACUGUGGAAGACGGCGAGCCAUCAAAUCCCCAAUACUAGUAUGGAUGUGAGAUGGUUUUCUACCCUCAAUUAUCGAGCUGAGUCGUGCUUUAUUUGCUGAAAUUAAUCAUAGUAAAUUUGUAUUUUGUAGUGCUUAACUGAUGUGAUGUGUUGUACAACUGGGGCUGUUAGUUGUGCAGGUUUAGUUUUGAGAUAAUGCUUGGUUGCUUGUAGGUUGUAAUUGA